AUGGCCGUUAACGAACAAACACUGCCGGAGCUGCAGCCCAUCUUCACGCUGUUGAACAGCCACUCGAACAAGUUGUACCAAGAGGGCUAUUUCCUCAAGUUAGACGACCAAGACAUCCGGGGGAAUCCGAACUCCGAUCGGACAUGGACCGAAUGCUUCGCCCAAUUAGUUGGCACCGUGUUGUCGCUUUGGGAUGCCGCUGAGCUGGACGCGGCCGGGGAGGAUGGAGAAGUCCUCCCCAAGUUUAUCAACCUGACUGAUGCCUCCGUCAAAAUGCUUGAAUCGCUUCCCACAAAAACCAACGACGACCAACCACUUCAAAAUAUCCUGAGCAUCAGCACCGCCGGCCGCAAUCGGUAUCUACUUCAUUUCAACUCGCACCACUCGCUCAUUCAGUGGACGUCCGGAAUACGACUGGCCAUGUACGAGCACUCGACGCUGCAAGAAGCCUACACAGGUGCUCUGAUUGCGGGGAAGGGCAAGACGCUGAAUAACAUCAAUGUCAUUAUGGAACGUGCGCGCCAGCCCAUUUCCGAAUGGGUACGGGUGCGGUUCGGCGCUGGCGUGCCUUGGAAGCGCUGCUACUGCGUCAUCGAGCCACCAAGCGAGAAGGAAUACCAAAAGGCCCAGAAGGAGCACAAGAAGCGGUCACCGUACGACCGCUCUCAGCCUGUAUUGAAGGGAGAAAUCAGGUUCUUCGACACUAAGAAGGAGGCCGAGAAGAAGAAGAAGCACCAAAAGCCCAUUGCCUCCAUCACCGACGCUUACUCGGCCUACUCCAUCUACCCCCAGGCCAAGGAGCUGAUCGACUCAUCCACGCUGCUCAAGAUUGAGGGCAACUUCACGAUACACACCGAGCCGGUCUCGUCUACCGAGGGCUUUGUCUUCAUCAUGCCCGAGACCCCACCAGCCGUGUCCGGCUUUGAAAUGCUCCUUCGUUUCCUGUUUCCGACUUGGGAUACAUUUGCCCUCUACGGCCGACCCGGCCGCUUGGUAGCCAGCGCGCUCGACACUCGCUCCCUGAUGUUUGCGAUGCCCAAGAACAGGCGGUACGGCUACCUGGAGCUUCUGGAUGUGAGCGGGCUGAUCCACGCGGACGCAAGCGAGACGUGGUCAGAACGAGAGUGGAGGAAACGACUCAAGGAACUGACGGGCCAGCGAAUGGCCGCCAUGGAAGACGGAUCAUCGUCGGUGGGUCACAGCCGGAGUGCCAGCCGGAAUAGCAAGCGGCUGAGCUACGGGAACCAGAACUCGUCAGCACCGCGGGCGAGGGUAGGCUUUGCCGAUGAGGGCGGCUCCGUCCGCUCGUCUCGGUCCAUGUCGGUCACACAUCCCGGAGCACGCAACGACUCGGCCCCUCCCGACCCGAACCGCGACCGAGCCUUCUCCGCUGCGGCAGGCAAUGCGAGACACUCCCGCCACAUUUCGGACACGCAGCUCGGUGACAUUCCCAACUUUGGUCCCGACAGCAACAGCUCCCUGUCGUCUUCGCAGGCCCCGCUCCGCGGUACUGGCCCCGACCGUGUCCGAGCCUUUGCGAGCGACCUAGCAUCUACGCCCGAGAGAGUCAGCUCAGAGGAUGACAGCCCGAUCCGCGGUGGCCCCCGGGUGGGCAAUGUUAGCGGUAUGGAUCACUUGGGAACUCCCGGGCCAGUCCAUGCACCCCCGGCGUUCGCCCAUGGCGCAGGGGCACGCCCACAGCAGAGACCAUCCCCGUCGCCCGAGAUGCGCCGAGCGACCAACCGGCUGUCCAGCAACACACUGUCCCAGCUUGCCCGAGCAUCCGGUCUCAUUCCAGAUUCCUUCUCCCCAGAGGACCCCCAUGAGCUCCAUUUUGGGGGUGAGGGAACUGCCGGGUCGGGGUCGCGAAACCCCGACCAGCGCAGUCCAGCGGUACAGACACAAACCAGCGCCAACGCCGUGGGGAUGAAUGCUAACCUCAAUGGAUCUCGUGAAGUUCUAACGUCUCCCGCCGCUGCGUACUCAACUCGCGAUUCCCCAGCCCCUCCUCUUCCGCCUCACGUCCAGGACCCCGCCCAAAAACGAUCGCAGUCUCCCUUAAGGGGUCCUCCUCCGCCCGCAGGCUUUUCCGGUAACCCUCCCCCUCCUUUCCAUAACGGCCCUCCUCGUGGCCCUCCUCCACCCGGUAACGGUCGCCGAACCCCCCCGCCUAGUGCUAUGGCGCAACAACAGCAGCAGCUUUCCCCAUCCUCGGGCGGUGGUUCGCCGCCCGUUCACAGGAAACCCCUCCCGAUCCGGACGACGAGCCUAUCCCGUGACCACCCCGACGCGACCUCCCCAGCUUCAUCGCAGUCGUCUCAGCGGAGCUUCCCAUCGUCCGGCCCCCGGUUCAGGCCCGUCCACGAGAACCCCCCACCCGUUCCCGGUCAUGCUCGGUAUCCCCUAAACGGCCAGCGAGCGGUUAUCGAGAACGAUGCUUCGUCCACCAACAGCCCAGAUUAUGCGAGCACGCGUCGCUCCUCCGACACGCAGGAGUCUGUGGACCGGCCCCGCGCGGGUGUGCUCAAGACGGUGGGCGACAACAACGACGAGUCUGCAAAGGGUCCCUCGGAAUACGACAUCCCGGACAUCAACUUUGGGCCCACUCUUAAGUACAGUGCGCCCGUUCUUCCGAGUGAUAAAGCCGCGCAGGCUACGAGUCGUAGAUCCCCCGGCCCUGGGCAGGCUUUGUCCCACAACCGUCAGCAGUCCGGAGACAACGUCCGUCGCAGCGUUGUUUGGCCGGGCCCGUCCGCCGUGACGACGUCCUCAGACAACGCGGCGUCGCUCCAACAGUCGCUGCAGCCUCGUAGCGCGCCGCUCAACUAUGCACACCAACGUAACCCAUCAUCAGACACCCUGUCUGGCUACAAGAACUCGCACUCUCGUCACAGCUCGGCUGAUCUGCUUUCUUCCGCCCGGCCUGCGAGCGGGAGUGAGACCCCGAAGCGGCCCGGUAGCCGUGCCGGUCUGUUGCAUUCCCGUAACAGUUCUGCAGACCUGCUCGUCUCGGGCCGUCCCCCGAGCCAGGGCACCGCAGCAGCCCUAUCUGCAGGCGAGGCGUCGUCUUACCUAUCUGCCCGCGAGCAGGAGCACGUCGCGCGUAUCACGGGAACCCCGCUUAUGGGUUAUGGCGGAGGUAAAGGUCCCUCGCAGCAAGGUGGCCUUGUUGGCGCUAUUGACGCCCGCGAACGCGAACGUGCCCAGAUGCGGCAAGGUGUCAGCGGCCAGGCGGUCGCGCAGGCAAUUGACCAGCGCCAGCGGGAGCAGAACCAAGCCCAGCGCGCUGCGCAGGCUGCGUAUGCCCAAUCCCAACAACAGCAACCUCCGUUUGGUCCUGGACAGGGUCGUCCGCAGACACCUGGUGCUAAUCGAGGCAUGAUGAUGGGUGGCGGUGGUCCUGGUGGCCCUGGCGGUCCUGGUGGAUAUGGUCCCCAGACUCCGGGGGGUAUGGGCCGGAUGAUGGAUGGCCUUGGUGGCCCUGGUGGACCUCCGCCCUUCCACCCAGGCAUGCCUGGGGCCAUGAACCCCCGCAGCAUGAGCCCUGGCCCCAACAUGAUGAGCCCUCCACCGAUGAUGCCCGGUGCGGGCCCGAAUCAGAUGCGCAGCCCUCCACCGAUGAUGCCUGGUGCCGGUCCUCCGAGAAGCAUGAGCCCUGGUCCGAAUAACAUGAUGAGUCCCCCCGGUCGCUACGGGCCAGGUGGUCCGCAACAGCGGCCGCCGAUGGGUCCUGGAGGAGGUGGUGGGCCAUAUGGCCCUGGAAGCCCUGGACCGGGCUGGAACAAUAACAUGCCACCGCCUCGUCAAGGACCUGGGCCCGGACCUGGACCCAUGUCACCGCCCAACCCGAAUUUCGGCGGUGGUCGACCGCAAUCACCUGGGUUUCCGCCGCCACAGGGGCAGUAUGCGCGACCAGGCACUCCCGGCACUCCCGGCGGUAUGAUGAGGCCAGGAACCCCGGGGACACCGGGUGGUAUGAUGAGACCUGGGACACCGGGACAGAUGAGGGGGCCUCCGCCGCAGCAGUAUCAUGGACAGGCUUUUUAA